UAGUUCUUGCUUCAACAGUGUUUGAACGGAACUUCUUUCCUCGUCCCUCUUCACCCUCCAUUCCGGAAACCAGAACAACCUUUUCUACUUCAACACUACCGAAAGUCGCCGUGAAGCUUUAUUUUUGUACCAAUUUACUAAGAAAAAAGAACCGAAACCCCUCAACUAACGCCAGUAAAAUGGAGUCUCAGGUCCGUCAGAACUACCACCGCGACUCCGAGGCCGCCGUCAACCGGAUGAUCAACAUGGAGAUGUUUGCCUCCUACACCUACACGUCCAUGGCCUUUUACUUCUCCCGUGACGAUGUGGCCCUCGAAGGCUUCGCACAUUUCUUCAAGGAGAACAGCGACGAGGAGAGGGGGCACGCCGAGAAGCUGCUGGCCUUCCAGAACAGCCGCGGAGGACGCAUCUUCCUCCAGGACAUCAAGAAACCAGACCGUGAUGAGUGGGGAAGCGGGCUGGAGGCCCUGCAGUGCGCCCUGCAGCUGGAGAAGAAUGUCAACCAGUCCCUGCUGGACCUCCACAAACUGGCUUCUCAGAAUGGAGACCCACAUAUGUGUGACUUCCUGGAGACCCACUACCUAAAUGAGCAGGUGGAGGCCAUUAAGAAGCUCGGCGACUACAUCACCAACCUAGCCCGCAUGGACGCCAGCAAGAACAAGAUGGCGGAGUACCUGUUCGACAAGCACACCAUGAGCAAGAGCUAAAUGUGCAAAGUCACAGGGUCGAGUCUGGAGUGGACACGAGUUGUGGUGUUUUUGUUUUGCAUGUCAUUUAAGCAUUUAUAGGUCAUGACUUUGCCCUCAUCGCCUUUAUAUCUUAUGUGACAUUUAGAACGACUACUGUGACUGACUGUUUCUUAUCUGUUCCUAAUCUCAAUAAACAUUUUGCGCUGG